AUGUCCUCCGUCGCCGGUGCACAGGCUACUAGGAGCCUCCAGGAUGAAGACUUGGUUCCAAUCAUGGUGAAAGGAAAGGGCCUCGACCCCCCAUCUACUAUCAAUCCUGGUGUGGUUUGCUUUGCGCCAGCGAAAUACCUCUUUGAAGGUGCGCCAGAACUGAGGAACUACAUCCACGAUCAGGCCAUCGUAAUUCCCUCCACUGGUCUCGAUGAAGACAUGCUUCGAAACGUUGUCUGCUCUCUGGUAAAUGCUAGGAUGAACAACACGACUCCCGAUAUCCAGCUCGAAGAUAACCCCUUGUCCUAUAUCCAUCUACAUGUCAUACUGACUCAUUUCGGCAUGCGGGAAGAUGCUGAUCGCCUGCUUGCUGGUAUGUGGUCUCUGUACGAGAGGGUCGAAUUGCUGGCGGAGCAAGUAUGGUGGAUCUGGAUUACAUUUGGAAGCAGGCCCGAAACCUCUGGAUCUCGGUAUCGCCCGCUCUACGCAGAAGCUUAUGUGCAGAUAAUGGCAUGGCAGCUGGUCCAUUCACAAUCCCUCGGGAGGAUGAGUGACGACGUACGGCAGCUGGUGUACGGUUCACGAUUUGGAUGGUUCCCGGAGAUACGACAGGUGGUAGAAGCUCGUGAGAGGCUCUUUGGCACGGCGCAAGGUUUCGAAAUCAGGAUGCCUAGUAACGAGCAGGAGGCUUCGAUGGCGACGCAAUCUCACACAGAAACGGGGUCUGAUGCAAUGCCUGUCAAUACUCCGGACACUUCUGUAACCUCUGAUGGAAAUUCAUCCCCUGCGCUCCAGGUCCCGCAGGCAGAUGGCUCACAGGCGGGAAUCCCCUUCAUCUUCCAAGCUGGUGGAAGUCUAGGUUCUCGCGUGAUCGCGCAACCGGGCAACAAGCGCCGCCGACGACACGCCCAGUAG